AUGUUAGCCUUAACGGUCCUCCUAACUGGGUGCCGCUGUGUGGAGCUGGACUGUUGGGAUGGUGAUGAUGGGAGUCCUGUCAUAUACCAUGGCCAUACGUUCACCACCAAAAUACCUUUUCGAAGAGUCGUGGAAACCAUUGCAAGGAGUGCUUUCGUCGCGUCUCCUUACCCCCUGAUCCUGAGCAUCGAGAACCACUGCAGCUUACCUCAACAGCAAGUCAUUGCCAGUACGUUUGAGGCAGUGUUUGGAGACAAGUUGGUGACGUCAUUCCUGUUUGAAAUUGACUACACUGACGAACCGAGGCUGCCCAGUCCUGAACAGCUCAAGUAUAAGGUGUUAAUCAAGAAUAAGAAACUGCUUCCAAUAGAAUCAAGUCCCACCAUUGGCCUGACAGGAGCCAGUUCUGCACAAGGAUAUGGCGGAGUUCUGUCAACUGCAUUCAGGUCCAAUGGGAACCGUAACACCAGUACAUCUUUGCCGGAACAGAGCAACAGGACCAGUUCGAUCAUGUCCAACCAGUCAGCAGGCAGUUCUCUGACGGAAUACUUUAGUGAUGAAGACUACGAUGAGGACGAUGAAGAACUUGAUGAAAAAGAACUUCAUAAGCUCAUAAAUUCAUUGGAAGACAAGUGUGGUCGGGCAUCUCUGUCACUCUAUCAGAGCUUCAUAAGGAGUGAAGGAGACACCGAGACUACUUCUGGCAGCGUCAAACAGACGACUACAAGGAAGAGAAGUAAUCAGAUCGCUAGAGAACUAAGUGACAUGGUCAUAUACGUGCAGGCGAUCAAGUUUCGGGGGCUAAGCCCGUUAUCACCACGUAGUUCAAUGAAACAGCCCAGCAGUGUAGCCAAGGAGAGUGCUCCAUGCAGCAGCUUCGAGUCCUCGGAAAGUAGUGACAGUACUGGCACACAAAUAGCCCAGCAGCCUCGCCCUCGUUGCUUAAACGCCCCAGCGGUUCACCACCCUUGCUACCGAUGUUCAUCAGUAAAUGAAGCCAUCGGGAAGAAGAUCUGUAGGAAGCAUCCCCUGGCCUUAAUAGCCCAUACCGAGACACAGUUGGUCAGAACUUAUCCUGCAGGCCUAAGAAUAGACUCAUCAAAUUUCGAUCCUGUGACCUUUUGGGGUUGCGGUGUGCAGCUGGUAGCGCUGAACUACCAGACAGAAGAUGCAGCGAUGGCGGUGAAUGCUGCUAUGUUCGAGAGCAAUGGCUCCGCUGGGUACGUCAGGAAACCACCGGUCAUGUGGGAUCCUGGCCAUAUCGCUUAUAGAAGAUUCAACCCCAUGGACAAAGAAUUCGAUGGGAUCCAUGCGGCUCAUCUAACUCUAGCUGUCAUCUCUGGACAGUACGUAGCCGAAAAUGUAUACUCUUUCUACAAUGCUUUCGUGGAAGUCGAGAUCCUUGGUGUUCCAGCCGAUUGCAAGAAGAUAAGGACCAAAGUAGCAAGAAAGAACGCGUUGAAUCCGAUCUGGAAUGAAACUUUUACUUUUAGGAUUAACUUUCCCGAAUUGGCUUUCAUUCGUUUCGACAUCUACGAUGCUGACACCAAUUACAUGUUGUCCCAACGAGUCAUCCCGCUGCACUGUCUCAGACCUGGAUACAGACAUGUGAGAUUACGCUCACCAACAAACCAAGCACUGAACAUGGCAUCCCUACUUAUCUUCUCCCGAUGUACUGAGGAGCAAGCUGGCGAGAGCUGCAGAGGAGAUGUAGAACCUACUUCUCCUCACGAACGAAGGAAGAUUCACUUUCUAGUGGUGUAUGCUGUGGCAAGACACGAAGCGUAUUCUAUUCUGAAGGUGACUCAAGAUACUACUGCCACGGAGGCCAUAGCUCAAUGUCUCACCAAAGCUGGAGUAUGCAGAUCAGCUCGAGGUAGUUACGUCCUAGUAGAAGAAGUACCUUCGAGGACUCCAACGCAACGAGUGCUGGCGCCGCGAGAGAGAGUUUUGAGAACUGCUUCAGCAAGACCUGGUGCUAGGCUGCUAUUGAAAAGAGUUGGAGAUGACCCUAGUAGCCGGGCUUGGUUGACUAGCAUCAGAUCAACAGACCGUAACCGUGAUCGCUCCGUGCCUUCAGAUGAAGACUCUAGCACGCAAGAUGAGGAGCCAAGAAGACCAGACAGCUUUCUCGUCUGCGUCCAUAAUGUCUCCCACGAAAUACCGUAUGCCAUACUCAAGGUGCCUUUGAAUGCCACAGCAUCGUACGUGGUCUACCAGGCUUUGACGAAAGCCAGAUGCCAUGAUGAUCCUAAAAGGUUCGUCCUGGUGGAAGAGUUAGAAUGGGGUGGCAGAGCUGGUACAGGUCCUCAACAGAGAGCAUUAUCUGAUGAUGAAGUAGUGUACUCGGCUCAGGCCGGUUGGAAGACCUUGGGACGAUUUGUAUUGCAAGAAAAAGGGAACACCGCACCUGUGCCUCGUCAUAAAGCAGCUUUUGCCAGGAUCCAACGAGGAUUGAGCAUGACCAGAGGCGCUAUUACAGGAAAUACAGGCUUUCCAUUGGGUAGUUUCAGCACAGCAGAAACUAUAGCGGAGGCAAGGACGCCGGUGCAGCCACCUUACAGUGAUCCUUCCAGCUGCAGGAGAGUAUCAUCAGCGCCUCUUGGCAAAGGAAUUGGACGGGCAAAAGGACAUUCAGACAAAGAUAUGAGGAGUUACAUGCAGAAACGGACAAAUACUCGUGAGGUAUUCCGUCGGCUAGGCAACAGCUUGGCCAACCACAGGGCGUCACUAUCCUCAGACUUGGGCUCCUUGUGGGAUUUCAUCAGGAUAGAUAGAGACCGCAGGCGUUCUGCUCCUGCAGCACCAACUGGUUAUGAACCGAUCCAUCCAGAGUCCAGGUCACCAGUAAGGUUAGCCAGGGAUCUGUUACAAGUUGUUCAAGAAACUGUAUUUUCAAAGAAAUUCGAAGAAACCCCAAAACGAUGCCCUUUAGUUAAGGAAGAGUCUGAUUUAAGUUCAGAUGUAGAAGAAGGAACCGAAAGAAGAAUAGCUAAUUUGAUUGAUUUUUUCUUUACAAUAGUGAAAAGUCAAAGAGGUGAGAGAAAAGGCAGCAUUGGCAGUUGUUUUAAAAGUGAAGUCACUCCUGAAGAAGCCAAACCAUUUAUUACAAGUAAAGCUAACACAGAAUUGGAAGCUAAAAUGGAAACUCUUAUGGAAUUUUUGGCCUCUACAGGAUGUAUGGAAAAAGAAAACGAUAAAGGUGACAAUAAAAUUACUUUAAUGGAGUUCUUAUUUGGCCCUGAAGAUAUUCGUCCUAGUAUAAGAGUAGUUGCUGCUGACACUAGUCUGACGGAAUCAAAUAUAAAUGUGAGAGAUCUUUCUUAUAUCGAUGACACGCCGGAGGAAGAAGCCGAGACUUUAGUCGAAAUGUUAAUGAAAUACAUGGAAAACUAUUCAGCACGGGAUAAAUUACAUUCUAAAUCUUUGACUCCUUCGCUGUCUGAGAAAUCUAAGUCCGAUAUCACCAUUAGUAAAUUAGAAACCUUUAGCGAUAUAAGCAAAACUAAAUCAGAUUCUACAUUAACACAUACUCAGGACACCGUUAUAGAACGGUGUGACGAUACAAUAACAGAAAGACGUAUUUCAGAAACUGUUAUUGAUUUGAGUAAUGUAAAGAAUGAUUUAGAAAGCAUAUUUGAUGAAGCAAUCGAAAAAAUAUGUGCCAUGAAAAAAUCAGAAGCAGAUACAAUGUCUGAACAAGAAGAUAUGGAAAACUAUGAAUCAUAUACAAAACCACCAUUGUUUGCUUACUCUAUGCCCUAUAGUGUUGAAUUAUCAGAUAUUAUUGAAGAAGAUGAACCUUCUUCUAGAGAUAUAGAAAGAAAUCAUUCAGACGAUCGCAUCUCACAUAUAAGACAAACUGCAGAAGAUUUAGUAAGCUACAUAGAAGACAGGGUAUCAAAACAUUUUGAAGACGACUCGGAUGAUGAAUUUGAUAUAAGUUCAAGUUUGAAACGUUCUUCGAUAAGUUUAAUUGAUUUAAGAAACAUUCCUGAUUUACCUCCUAGUAUGAUAAUCAAACCAAGAGUCAUCAGAGUUGACAAAUCAACGUCUACAACAGAAAUUUCUGAUUCUUUAUCAGAUUUAUCGAAAAGAAUAGACUCUGCUUGCAUGACAGAAGACACAACUCUCACAAGCAGCUCGGACAGAAGUGAAAGAGUGUUAGAAAAAUUGGAGUCUAUUCAAAAAUUUUUUUCACGAUCCAGACUAGAAAUUAUUGACGAAAACGAGGAGAAUAUUGAAAAAAUUAAAAGCCCUAAGCAAGAUUUAUUAAGUUCGGAUUCUCAGAGUAAUGCGACUGAUUACAAAGCUGGACAAGCAAGUUUAGAUGAUGUUGAAGAUUUACAAGAUGAUGAUGAUAAAAUAGGGAUUGAUAAAGGGUGUGGCAAUGAAGAUUUAAGAAAAUAUAGCAGCCAAUAUAGCAGCCAAGACAGCGUUGAAGAAUGUAAAAAGUUGAAAUUGAUUUGUGGAGAAACUAAAACUUUUGAUAAGAAUUCAAGAAAAGAUGAAAUUGAAGAAGAUCUGAGUACCGAUAUUGAAAUGAUACGUGGAGAUUUUGAUAGUGAAGUGGAAUUGAAAGUAUCCAAUAAAUUUGAUAAUUUACAAGUAGAAGAUGAUAAAGAUCAUUUGAAAGUAACAUUAAGUCCAGAAACUAGCAAAAAUGUAACAGAGUCUGAAGAAAUGGAUACUGAAAUUGACAAGCAUGAUAAAGAGAAGGAAGAAAAAAUAGUACAUCAAGUCAACAUACUUAAAAUGACCAAGAGUAGUACAACUUCAGAUAUUAAGAAAGAAAUCCUUAAAGAUACUUUUAUUUAA